AAACCCUCCUUGGUCUUACCGAACUCGUGGUAAACAAUAAACAUAUGUAAACAAACGCAUGCGAGAUGGGGUUUCGCGUUCUGGAGUUAUUCAGCGGUAUCGGUGGAAUGCAUUAUGCGUUUCAAUGUGCACAACUUGAGGGUGAAGUUGUGGGCGCCAUGGAUGUAAACACGGUGGCCAAUGCCGUCUAUGCGCACAAUUUUGGUCAAAAGACUGUAAAAACGCGAAAUAUUCAAAGCCUUACCGAAAAGGAAGUCACGAAAGUUAACGCCAAUAUGAUUUUAAUGUCGCCGCCUUGCCAACCACACACUCGUCAAGGAUUGCAGAAAGACACAGAGGACAGGCGAUCUGACGCACUUACUCACCUUUGUGCUCUCAUUCCGGAAUGCAAAACCCUACAGUACAUUCUCAUGGAGAAUGUCAAGGGAUUUGAAUGCUCCCAGGCAAGAAAUCAGUUUGUGGACGCUCUGGAAAAGGCGGAAUUCUAUUGGAGAGAGUUCAUAUUGACACCCACCCAGUUUAACGUCCCCAAUACGAGACAUCGCUACUAUUGCAUCGCCCGCAAGCUCCAGGACUUUGAAUUUCCGGGUGGGAAGAUCUGGGAGGAGAUGCCUGGACUUAAAGCUGAUAGACAGCCUUCUACGAAAAUCUCAGAAAUAGUAGAAGAGGAUGUAGCGUCGAACUUCCUGGUUCCAGAUGAUGUUUUAACUAAAAGAGUCCUUGUUAUGGACAUAAUUCAUCCCACACAAAGUAGAUCCAUGUGCUUCACCAAGGGUUACACCCAUUACACUGAAGGAACAGGAUCCGCAUAUACACCGCUCUCGGAGGAGGAAUCACAUAGAUUAUUUAAAUUGCUCGAGGAUACUGAAGAUGCGGAAGCCCGAUUGAAGUUGCUCCACCAAAUAAAAUUGCGGUACUUUACGCCGCGGGAGGUUGCACGUCUGAUGAGUUUUCCCGAGGAAUUCACUUUUCCGGGCGAGACGACGAAUCGACAGAAAUAUCGCCUGCUUGGGAACAGCAUUAAUGUUAAAGUAGUAGGCGAAUUAAUAAAGUUGCUAACCACUAUUUAAAAUAUAAUUUUUGUAAAUACAUAAUUUUGUAUAUUAAAUAUUUGA